UAAUUGAGGAAAGCUUCCAGACCUGCACAAAAACUCACUGAGUUAAGACAGACAAUAUACAUAAUAUAAAAUAAUCUUGCUUUCGAGUAAAUAGUUAGUUCUAUCUUAUUUAAGAAAUGAAAGACAUAGAAUAUCAGGCUGCACCGCUUUGGCUCACUACAGAGUAUCUCGAGCCUAUUUUGCGAAAGUACAAAAAUGACGAAGGACUUUUUAUAACAAAAAUGGACAUUAAACCAGCCACAAAAAAGGGUGACAACUAUGCCAGUGUGAUGACACGGAUCAGCGUUGAUUUCGUGUUAAGCAGCAAGGAAACGGAGCAUGGUUUAUAUAUCGUGAAAACGUCACAUGAAAGUGACCCCUUCACAUCAGAUAUCAUGAGCCAAUAUGAUAUAUAUAAUACAGAAAUGUUAAUGUACCAGCAAGUUUUGCCAAAACUCACGGAGCUGCUAAAAGAAAUCGGCGACAAAGAUAAACUAUUUGCCGACACUAUUUAUGUGGACUACGAGCAUUCAGCCAUAAUUUUUGAAGACCUGUCCGUGUUAAAGUUUGUUACUCCCGAUCGACUUGUUGGAAUGGAUGAAGCGCAGACUAUGUUGACACUUAAAAAGCUAGCUAAAAUGCAUGCAACUGCAGCGGUGCUAAAUGAGCGUAUGCCUGGAGUUCUAACUAAACUGCAAAGAGGGAUAUUCAAUCGUCAAACAUGUGGGUUUGCGCCAUUUUUCGAGGGUGUCCUAGAAGCUUGUGCGGAUUUCGCCGGAGAGUGCACGAGUUUGGGAUCAUAUUACAAAAACAAACUACUCAAGUUGAAAUCAUAUGUGAUGGAAUAUGGAAUGCGUACCUUUGAUCCACAUCACGGAGAUUUUUUAACACUUAAUCAUGGUGAUGUUUGGACCAAUAAUGUAAUGCUAAGGUAUGAUUAUAGUGGCAGUAGGGAUGAGCAGUCAGCAACUGGAAGGGUGAUUAAAGAUAUCAUGCUGAUCGAUUUUCAAUACAGCUCAUGGACAUCGCCGGCUCUCGACCUUCACUAUUUCUUUCAAACUUCGUUGCCUUUAGAAUUUAAAAUUCAUCGAGAGGAUGAAUUUGUUAAAUAUUAUCAUGGUUUUUUGUCUGAAACGUUGCUUCAGCUCCAUUAUAAAGGACACAUACCUAGCCUACAUGAAUUUUGUGUGCAAAUGGAGUCUCACCGAUUUUACGCUGUUGUUUCGUCGUUGGGCUGUCAGGCUCUCCUUAUUAAUGACAAAACUGAUGAAGCAGAUUUCAACACCCUGAUGGGAAGUGGGGAGCGUUCGCGCAAAUUUCGCAGUCUUUUAUAUACAAAUAAAAGAACACAAGAUAAUACUAUAGCUUUACUGCCAUACUUCGAUCGCAAAGGACUACUUGAUGUUACUGAAUAAAAUUUAUAAAAUGUCUAAAGAUUAUAUUGUAUAUAAAAUAUACAAAAUUUUAACAAUGUGAUAUGGAUGUAAGAAUAAAAAAUAACUUAUUGAUAAUGGAGGUAUCAGGGGCUCCUUUAUCACUUAA